CUGGGGUGUCCGCGGUGUCCGUGGGUGUCAUUUUGACGACAGCGUCUUUGCGCAACGCAUGUUAUGUGGGCGGUUCAGUUUGAUCGUCGUUUAUGCGAGUUUCACUUCGUGCGGAUUCGUGAAGUCGAGAAGUAGCGUCAGUCCUGAAGCAGAGCGGCGUUUUGAACUUUGUUUCCUGUGUCCUUCGUCUGCGCAAGGUGCAACCGCCUAUGAGGGAUGAGCAAGGGGGCCAAGCCUUGGCUUCUCCAAGGUCCAAUGUCAAGACCCUCCGUGAGCUGUUCAAUGACAAGGAUGCCAAGUCUACGCCGCGUGUUGCCUCUGUCAAAAGGCGAGAAGGCCCAGCCGAGGUGCGGAUCCCUCGCCCUAGCCUCGCACCAAAACCACCCAGCAACCGCAGGGUUGACUCUGCGAAGGAAACAUCCAGCCCUGUUGGUGAUUUGCCUGAAACCCGGGGGGCGUCCUCCACCAGGAGAGUCUCAUUUGAGCAUGGCAGGGUGCCAUCAGAAGUUGCGCCAUCGCAGCAAGCACCACCAGGGGCCGUCUCCUCCUCUGUCCUCCGCGAGGACUCUCUCUCACACACGGUUGUAGGGGACCACCCUGCCUCUGCGUCCUGCGAGGCUCUGUGUGAAGAGGAGGAGGACUACGUGACACCCAUUUCCUUAUCGAAGCCACUGGAGCCUCCUCACAAGAAAAGUGUUCCAUCAGCGCCACCAAGGAGUGAGGAAGCGUGCAUGCCGAAACCUGUGGAGGGUUCUUCACACAGGACAAAGCCAAAGCUUCCCGAGCCCCCCCUGUAUGUGCCAGCGCAGCUGGUGCACCACCCUGUGGUGUCUGGCUGGCUGCGGCGAGAGCUACCUGGGGCUACUGCUUGCCCUCCAAAGCCAACGAGGCCCUCUGGAAUGCGCUUGCUGGUCUACUCUAGUCUACAAAAUGUUGCACCCAGCGCAGCCCAGCUGAACAGGCCUUUGCUGCCCGACCGAAGCACUCCUCCCCCUGCUCCCCCAUCGCGAGCCCCACCACCUCGUCCUUCGGUGCCCAAACCACCACGGAUGCUUCCAUCGUUGCCCACUACUUCACCAGCGGACGAUGCAUGCUCAGAACCCCGGCAGCCGACAUCUCCCAUCCCUGAAUACACAGAGGAUGAAGAGUUGGGCAGCAUAGAAGCCGAUGCAGAGCUGUAUGCAGACACUGAAAUGGACAAUGCGACACCACCUUCACUGCCACCGGCACGCACUCCCACUGUGCCACCUCAGCCACAAGAGGAUGAGCUGUACCAAGAUACCCUGGAAGAGCUCUAUGAGGAGAUGCCAACAGCGGAGAUCGCACCUGCGUUACCACCUCCACUGAAGGUACUGGACAACCUGCCCAGGAAAGACAAGCAGCAGCAUGAUAGCGUGUGCAAGGCAUUUGGGCUUCCGAGUGGCUGGGAGCAGCUGCAGCCUGUGGAUGCCGGUCAUGCACGAACCAGCUGCAGUGGUGGUGGCACCAAGAACCUGGACCUUCCACUGCACUGUGGCGAGCCUGUGUACGUCCUUCGAUUUGAGAACAACCCUCCGGGCAAGUGGCUUGUUCGGAACCACCGGGGAGAAGUGGGCUAUGCUGACCUGAUGAACAUAGAGGUAGAUGCUGAAUCCGUCAAGUUUGCGGCCGAAGCGAGCUUGGACAGGAGUCCUGACCAUUCUUGCCACUGGUUGGCCAAAUUGACUUCCUGUGUUGGGCAAGUUAGGUCAGCUUUGCCUCCUCCCCUUCUGUCACAUGAUGCCGUGACAACAAACACUUUUGCUGGGCUGCCAUCAAAGCCCUUUGCUGAAGCUUCAUUGCACACAGCUCGUGGAAUGGGUGCAUCUAGAGCAUCGAUAUUUCUUGCUUUCAUCGCUUGACUGUGCAGUUUGACC